AUGCCCCUCCGGAUCACCUCUGCUCCUGUCUCCGGUGUCAAGAAACGUAAAGCCCCAGCGACUUCCCGACCCCGUGCAUCUCCCUUUGCCGGUCACCCUCGCCGCAAACCGACCGCCACCCCAGGCGGCGGUUCCAAGAGCAGUCCAAAUGUCCCCGACUAUGAGGACCUGGGUCCUCUUCCCGACAUCGGCGUGUCGCAUUACAUCCCGGAGACGUCUUCCGUGCAGGACGUCCUACAGGCUAUCGCGUACAUCCGCGACAACAUGUUCGAGGAGCUGCCUGCGCGACGAGCCGGGAUGAACAGCACCCGCAUCGCGGAGGUCCUGAACCUGCGGCGCUCGCUGCCCCCGCUGGCCUCCGUUGCCCACGUCCACACGCUGCUGAACGUCCCGACCAAGGUCGAGAAGGAAAUCAUGGAGUUGAUCAACACAGGUCGGAUUCGGCGGCUGACGGUGCCGGGGAGAGGCAACGAUGCGGCGGGCCUGGGCGACUGCUUGGUUUUGGCUGAGGACUGGGAGAGACUGGUGCGAGAGAGUGGGUUGGAGCCGUCUUUGAAGGACAAAUUUCUGGACGUCCUCAGUCGGCUCGGGAACACCUCGGCCGUCCCUGGCGCCCUCUUCGCUGCCCCAGAAUACAUGGCUCUCGUUCGUGCCGGAUUCCUCGUAUCCUCGUCGUCGCUGUCGCAGGGCUCCUCGGGGCUUGUCUCCCUGCCCAAUUUCGAGUCGACCGCUUCGCCGGGCAACUUGGCGAGUCGGAGCGAUCGCGCCCACCACCCGCCGCAUGAUGCGGAUCUCCGUUCACAGUUUCACACGGCAACUCUGUUCUUGUCGCUUCCCAACACGGGGCCUUACCUUCGUCUGCUAGGCGCUGGCCGCGCGCAUCUCCUCUCGCUUCUCCAAAGAUCCAGCGCAAGCGAGGUCCCUCUCGACCUCCUCCGCGACCGCUGGGAUGGCGCUGUCGAGUCCGACCGCAGUUUCAGCGUAGCGAAGCGAGUCCGCGGCGAGUUUGCGGGCAUUCUGCCGGGGAGAACCAAGAAAUGGAAGGAUUUGUAUGGGAUGAGCUUCCGGUGGGUGCUGGAGGAAGCCCUGGGAGCUGGGUUGAUUGAGAUGUUCGACACUGGUGCCGUGGGACCGGGGGUGCGGUGUCUGUAA